CCGUCCAUGUUACAUCACGCGUGGUUUUACGAGAUUUCAGAUCGAAGGCGGCCAUGUGAAAUUCGCAUUGGUUUCGUUUCGGUUUAUUUUGUUUCACACACUUUGCGUUUUUGCAUUGACAUGGAACCAUCUCAAAGCAUUCAAGAAAGGGAGCGUCUCCAGCAGGAGAUAUUACAGAUUCGCCAAGCUCUCCAAGCGACAGAUGACGUUGAGAGCGAUGAUGAAGUCGAAGAAAAUGACGUCGCCGGAGAGGUGACGGGGAGUGACCGUGAAGAUGAAGCCGGCCCCAGCGGUCAAGGAAGCACUGUUCGUUCAACUCCAGCCAGUAUAAAUCUGGACAGCUGCAGCUUUCAGCCACUGCAAGAGGCUCACAGUGACAGUGCUUUCAGUGUGCAUCAAGACCAAGAUGUCAGCUUCGAUCAUCUUCAGCUGGAUGAGUCUGGAAACCUCCCCACCAGCUUGGAGGCAGCACUGGCCAUAAACCGUGCCUACCAGGAGAUUGUCUUUGAAAAUAUCAAACAGCUGGAAGAGGCUCUGAUUGAGAACAGGGAGAAGCAGAAAAUGAUUGAGGCAGAAAUAGAUGGCAAGGUUGGGACAAAAGUUAAAAAAUCAAAAGCCAUUUGUAAAAGUGACUAUGCCAUACCUUACUUUAAAGAUGAGGAUGGAUUGCCUGCCCCAGUCAAUGAAGAUACCAAGAUCAAGCGGGCGGGGGAACCCAUGGACCACCAUCUUACCAAACCACCAAAAACAUGGACUGCAGAAGAAAAGAAGAAGUUGCAAAAAGCUGUGAAAGAGGAUAAUUUGAAGCAGCUUUUACAGCCACAUAUGAACAGAAAAGAGCUAGAGCUAGAGAAACUUGCUGAAGCUAAAUCUAUAAAUGAGGAAAAGGAAAUACAAAGCAGGAUAAAAGAUAUUGAUCAGAAAAUAAGUGAUAUACAGAAGACAUCUGAUAAAAAGAUUUUUGAAAGCCUGGAGAAUUGUGAGACGAUAGAUUGGAUGAAGAUUGCCAAUAUACAUUUUGAAGGGAACAGAACAGCCAGUGACUGCCUCAAUGCCUGGAAGAACGUCCUGCAUCCUGACAUCAACAAGAAAAAGUGGACUGCUGACGAAGAUAAAAAACUGAAGGAAAUUGUGGAGUCCUUUGAAGAGAGAAACUGGGGGCACAUAGCAGAGGCAUUGGGGACUGGAAGAAGUUCCUUUAUGUGUCUACAGAGAUACCAGCAAAAGCUAAAUCCUUUAAUGCGUGGAGGGCCAUUCACCCCAGAGGAAGAUGAACUGCUCAGGGAGGUGGUGGCCUACUCUCAGGUUGGGAAUAUGGUCCACUGGGUACAAGUGGUCUACUACAUGGAAGGGCGUAGUGUAUACCAGUGUAAGAAAAGAUGGGAGCAACUUGAGGGAGGAUAUAAUAUGGGAAGAUGGUCUACAGAUGAAGAUUAUGCACUCAAGAGUGCAAUAGACAAAUAUGGAGAAGGUGAUUUUGUCAAAAUUGCAAGAAUGGUGCCUGGCAGGAGUGCACCCCAGUGUAGGGAGAGGUGGCGCAAUGUCUUAAGUUCAGAUCUGAGAUUCGAUCCAUGGACAUACGAAGAAGACAGAAAGCUGCUUGAAUUAGUCGGGAAAUAUGGGAGAGGCAAAUGGUCCCAGAUUGCUGCUGGCAUCCCUGGCAGACAUGAUCGCAUGGUCAGGGACAGAUAUCUUGGCUUAAUGAAGUUGAAGCAGCAAAUGGCACAUGCUAAACAGCAAGGGGGGCAGUCAUGGGCCUUGGAAGGGGAGGAGCUGCAAAAAAAGCUGCAAGAACAGUUGUUUGACAUCCAAGAAAGAUACGACAGAGAUAAGGAGAAGAUGAAAGAAAUGAUGCAGGCAAAUAUGAUCCAGGAGCUGGCCACUGCCCCAAAUAAAUCACUAACUUUGAUCACUGCGGAAAAUAGAAGCAAAGAGUUUGAACUAGAUAAUAAAAGGGGAACGGAGCUGCAGCUUUUGUAUACAAAACUACUGAAGGAAAAAGAAGAGGAGGAGAGACAGAUCAACAUGCAGCUUAAGGAUAUGGAAAAUGGAUUGUUUAUACCACGCCCCCUUAAUAGACAGCACUUUAAGCAAGACAGAGUGCAGAGGUGGGAUAUGUUGUUGGAUGCUAUGGAUGGGUACCUACAGAAGAAAAUGUCAAAACUUAUCAAAGAGAAGGUAGAACCAGACAAGAUGGACAAGGAGUUUGGCAGCACCACUGCAGCUGCUGUUGCCAGGCUUCGGAGGCUGAAGAGUUCAAAGGCAUUGACACCUGAGCUGCGUUUCCGCAUCCACUUGUUGUCCCCAGAGACGACGGUGAAGGAAGUGCUAAGUGUGUCCCAAGAGAUCAAGAAACAGUUGACAGGGCUGUCUAAGCGAGGCAAAAAACAUACCAAGCUGGAAAGUAGGCGUCUUGACAAUUUGCUCGACAUGGCUCUUCGUCGCAGAGUGACUUUCCGAGUUAAGCCAGGAAGACCCAGAAAGUACUUAAAACAAACCAAGCUGCAGUAUUUGUCAGCAGGAAAUAUGGAUGAAGAUGAAAGGACCGACUUGAUUCUGCCACUUUUGUUCAAGACUGAAGCCAUUGAUGUACUGGGAGCAGAGCAUAAUCUCAAGGUACAGCAGCAAUUAAAAGAGCAAAAAGAAGCAGAGGAAGAGAGAGAAAAGAAAGCCGCUGAAGCCCGGAACAAUGCUGAAAGAACCACAGCAAGUGGACGUCCCUUGCGUAAAAGAAAGGCAGAGAUGGAGGCAGUGUGCCAGGAGCCUGAUUUGAAGGCUGUAAACCUGGAGCAGGAUAUGCAGACGUUGGUACGCGUGCUCGAGGCACAGCCACAAUUAAGGCAAUUUUUACAAACUGUGAAAUCUAAUAAAAGUCCCCGAAGCUCUGCUGAACAGAGUAAAAACCCAGAACAAGAGCAGGGUCAAGGAAUUAUGGAACAGAGUAGUGAGAAAGAUGGUGUCAAUCCAGAUGAGGAAAAAGAGAAAUCGAGUGACUCUUCUGUUGAUGCAUUGCCAGCAGAAAAGGAAACCCCAACAGUGACAUUACAAAGUAGAGAAAAGACGAGCCACUCUUCUGUUAAAACACCAGCCCCUGACCAAAACACACCAAUGAUAAUACAAAGCAGUGAUAUGGAGGAAAAUUUGGAAGGGCAAAUGACCAAUGAGAAUACCCAAAACCCAAGGACAAAAGAAUUGCAUAUCCAGGAAGCGCCUGGGACAGUAUAUAAAAACUACGAUCUACCUCCCUUUCCUCCAACUUGUUCUACCAUAAAUGGGUUUAAAUCUGUCCUAUUAGAUCGGAGAAAGCUCAUGUCAGUUGGAGGGCAAUACUGCAACAAUUCCCCUAUGGUCAGGGUCCAUCUGUCCGAAUGCCAGGCCACAGAAAAAGGCAACGACAGAAACUCGUCAGACACCACUGUGACUGAGGGGAAAAAGAAGAGGAAGAAAAAAUCAUCAAGUGUCACUCCUAAAGCCAAAAAAUCUAAAAAAGAUAGUGGGACUAAUAAUUUGAAUUUUGUGGUGUAUGAGGAAAACCCAUUGACAAGUAUUCGUGAAACACAUGAUUAUAAAAUGUUAAAGGCACGUUUCAUUUCUCUGUUCCUGUGGCCAGCUCUUCUAUCUACGAUCCGUACACCAGAAUUACUGCCAAAUGAAGGCAAUGAAUGGAAUGCUGAUUUUGUGGAAUCCAAGAAGACGGAUUCAAAUAAAAGAAAGACGAAGAAAAAAUACGCAUGUACCAAAGGGAUACGUUUUCGCAAGGGUUUGGUGAAACUCAAAGAGGAGAAGGAAAAGAUGAGGAUCAAAACGGAAGCUGCAAUGAAGCAGAGAAGUGAAACUCAGAGAAAGCUGAAACAGUUCCUAUCAAAUCGCAACAACUGCUCUGAAAUAUCUGCCACGUCAUGUGAACAGCAGCAGCCAAAUGGAACUAACCAAUCAGAUGUACAGGAAGGCCCUAGCCAAUUGGUUGUCUUGGAAGAUCCUAACCAGACAAGGACUUUAGAGCAAAACAACCAAUCAAACGCCCAGAGUCAUAUCAGCCAAGGAGAGAGUCUAGAAUAUUCCGUCCAAACACUGCCAGUUGAGUCAAGUGGCCAGGGAAAAAAUGAUGGUGAACAUGGUCCUUCUGAAGCAGGAACUUCAGUGUCUGUAGAUGGUGGCAUGGCUAUCACAAAUGAAGAUGCUCAAAAAGCAGUCUCUGUGAAGAAGCGGCCAGGGCGUCCAAGAGGGCCUUGGAUCAAAAGAGUCUGGUUCAAACCAGGGGAGAAGAAUACAAGAACUAAUAGCCGCCGCACCUCCAAAGAAGUCGCUUUGGAAAGUUUCAAGGACAUGGAAAUUGAUAUAACUCUACCAAAGCGGCAAUCACAAUCAAGAAUAUCCAGCUCAGGCGCAAGGGUGGACUCAUUUGUGAAAGCUGUUGAGAGAUUGCGAGAAGAGAAGGCCAGAGAAGAGGCAUUAAUAGAAAACUCUUAUCAGCAACCAGAAAUUCUGGAAAGCAGUGGUCAGAGCAAUGUGGGUCAAGGUGAUUGCACUGGAGGUCAAGGCCAAAUUAUUUUAGUUCCUUCAACUAAGGAAAUAUUAACACCUGUAGUACUACGUGAAGGUGAAGCUCUUGUUCUUGGACAGUCUGCCAUAAAUGCUAUUAUAGAAGGACAGAGAGAAAAGGACACUGAAAACAACACACAAGAAUAAAGAUCAAACCGUGUAUAAUGGCAUAAAGUUUAAUGUACUUUAACUGAAGAAUUCUUGGGUUAUUCAUUCAAUGAAGAAAAAGAAAUUAAAAUGUGUUAGGAUGAAAAUGUCUCGUUUUGAAUUUGCAACAUGUAGUGAACCAAAUUAAAU